GUUGAAAAUAGAUUGGUUCAUCGCGCGUUUCCAGGCGCUUCUGAGCGCUUCCAAUUCCCGUCCAGGAUGCUUCACUUUGCUGCUGGUCACACAUUCAGGAAAAUGAGAUGGUAGAAAGAUGAAGUGCUAAAACAACGGCACCCUGAUGCCAUGAGUUUAUCUUUGCUGAUGUAUCCAGUGCUGAGAACCGUCAGCCUUCAGCUGCAUUCAGUGCUGACCGGCAGCUAUAUUUCUGGGACUCUUUCUGUGGCUUUCAUCAACUGCCCCAACGAGCAGAUUGCAAGAGAUAUCGCAAGGGCAAUUAUGGACCAGAAACUGGCAGCUUGUGUGAGCAUCUUCCCCAAAACUUCAACCAUGUAUGUUUGGAAAGGGGAAUUAGAAGAAGCUACAGAGAUACUUCUGCUAGUGAAAACGAGGACGGCUAAAAUCAGGGAGUUGUCAGAGUAUAUCAGAUCCAUCCAUCCCUUUGAAGUCCCUGAAUUUAUCAGCCUGCUCAUUGACCAAGGAAACCCAGCCUAUCUGCAGUGGAUCGAAGAGAGUGUUCCAUAGGAUUAAAGGGUGUUGCUGGGACCUAAGCUGGCCCUUUUCAGACAUUAUAUUGUGCUCCUUGGCAUGAGUCUUCAUGCAUACUGAUUCCGUGUGCCCAGAGAGCUGGACAGAAAUCUCCUUGUGAGUUGGAAGAGAAUCAAAGGGCAGAAUCUGGUUCAAGAAGCCGCUGGAAUGUUGGCCUUCUCCUCUCAGGGUUGGUUUCCAUGAAACGUUGUCUGAAGAUGAUUUCUCAAGGAAAGUCACUGAAUGAACAAGUUGGAGCUGUUCAAACCUCAGAUGCUGAUCUGCUUGAAAAAUGGCUUCUCAUACUUGAAGUGCCAGGGGAACCAGCACAUGGGAACUAUGAGGUUUCCCCCACACUGGGACAGGAUCCCCACCUUCUGUUGACCAGAUGGGCUUUUGUACACUUACCACUUUUUACAUGGCUGUGUGCUUUGCAGUGGGUUUUUGCAUGCAGUUUGCCAUUUGCUGAGGAACCUUAAGCUGCAAAGCAUCUCCCAGCCAUGCAGAUCCACCCUUUUGCUCACCCCCAUUUCUUUGUUCUAUCCCGGCUGGAGAAACUGCUGUUGGGUGGGUGGGGAGAGUCUGAAGGAGCAAGAAACCCUGGGGAAAGCAAAACAUAUUCUGAUUCCUUUUGCUUUCCCUGUGAAGUGGUGGGGAAAGCCACACUUUACCAGGUUUUGGAAACCCCGAUGAGAGUCUGAUCUGUGGCACGGUGAGUUCUGAAUAGGCUGAAAUGUGUUCAUUUAAGAGAAUCAAUCCUGAAGGCAGCAAAAGGCCUAUGACUACUGGUGGCCUCAGAUCUGGGCAAAAGGAACCCUGGAAUACCUCCUUCCCCCACACCAGUCUCUGCUACUGGUUAGAGCCCUUCGCCUUCCGGGCUCGGCCCUGCCUCUGAGCCUCACCCUCAGCCAGGAAUACACACAAGUACAUUGCCUGAAGUCAUGGGUAAACAGGGUAAGAUUCUCUUCUGUUUUGCCUUGGAUCUAUUCUGGCCGCAGAGCUUUCAGCAAGGGUUAUGCACACACUUCCAAGCAUAGCAUUGGAUCUUACUGCAUUCCUCAGUAGUGUGCUUUACAGCUGGCUCCUUCAUGCUGUCGCAGCUGACUCUGACACAGCGUGUUUCCACAGUACAGAUACUGCUGCACAAAAGUAGUUUUUGUUAUGUGACUGUGCCCCUCUGAGUUUUGCUUUGCAUCUUCCAAACAAACUGUUCCUCAUUAAAGCAUGGAGGCACCUCCAGUCCUGUCCACUAUUACUACCACUCAGUAUAUAUCUUUACAGUCAAUAGGGACCCGAAACUCGUUUUGUCCUCAACCUGGAUUCAGCAUGUACAUUCAGUGCAAGAACCAUACAGCCUUGCUGUGUGGUUGCAAGUUCAGACUUGUACAGGAUCCUUCCAAACAAGUACUCCUUUCCCAGGUCCCACUUUACAUAAAAGCAAUAUCCAUCAACCAAUCCAGUUUGCCACCCUGGUCUUUUAAAACCCGGCCAUUCCAGCUUUGCCAUGGGUUACAAUUAUAGAAACAUGCAUAUGACACCACCUCCUGUUUCCAUUUGCCUAGACACAAAUGGAUUUUAUGUGCCCUUUUGCCCCUGCAGUAGAGUCUUAGCAAAUGGAAUGUGGCUGCUACAAAUUGCUGUUUCCAUCUCUUCAAAGCAUCACUUCCAGAGAUUCCGUUUGCAUGAUAAAUUCCAAAGCAUGGGAUGUGCUCUUUAAUCUGCUGUCGGUCCAUUAGAUGACAGUGCUCUCAACAGCGUCUGGAAAUGGAUCCAUAACACACACACACACACUUGCAGAAAAAGAGAAAUGGCUAUAAAAUACAGCUUUGAGGGAAAAGAGAUUAAGCUGUUUAUGUUCUUCGGACUGCUAAGAAAUUCAUGACAAAUUUUUGCAAAGCUCAUUCCAUUGUGGGAAAAAGCUCCAGUGGCUUAUGAUAUUUUUUCUUUAAAAAUCCACUUAUGCACCACUUUUAAUAGCUUCCAUUAAAAAAAACACACAGGCUGUUAAGUAGAGCUAAGCUAGGAGGACAGAUGCAGCUGCCAGAGGGAGGAUAUCGCAGCAAGGACCAAGGAGGCCUAAAAUGUACUAGAAAUGUCCAUUGUGCUCAAAAAUGGGAAUGCGAGCACCAAUAUUUUAAAUCUGUCAAGGAUACCUGAGUGUCUUGCUAUGAUUGUGGUUGCUGGGUGCCCUUUGACCCCCUGGGGUGUGCCUUGCAGUCUGGGCAGGGUGGAUGUUUUCACUUUGGUCAGGGCACUAUAAUGAAAACCAUCAACAGAUCAAUAGAACCCCAUUCCAAAGACCAAAUGGGUUUGCAUGAAGGAAACUAGAUCAGGGGAGGGGUUAAAGAACCACUAGUGAGGCUGUUGAUGGCCCAGAGGAUAUCACUUCUGUCCCAUUGCAUUGACUAGGAGUUAUUCUUGGGUAAACACAGGGGCAGCCCCAUUCACACUGGAGACAGCAGCACUGAAACUUCUCUGUGGCACUUUUAGUGUUCAAAGCCUUUCAUUCGCUUUGUCAUAAUUAUUACAACAGCCUGAGGUGGAAUGCUUUGUCUAUGACCUCUAAGUGAAUUUCUCUACGAAGCCCAGAGGUGGAGAGGAUUUCAACCUGGGGAAGGGUCUCCCAGAAUUUCACAUGUUAUUUCUUUCUAGCCUAUCCUAGGCCAGCUUAUCAGCCGAAUAGUACGCUUGGGCUGUUCACAUUCCUCUCAGUCUUUGCAUAGAAGAACAUCCUAAUGCCUUAUACCAUAGGUGUCAAACUUGCAGCCUUCCAGAUGUUAUGGACUACAGUUCCAUCAUCCCUGCCAGCAUCAUGCUGGGAACUGUAGUCCAUAACAUCUGGAGGGCCGCGAGUUUGACACCUACGUCCAGAAUCUCCCCCUCUAAAGCAGUCACCCCUGUUCUGACAAUGGAAGCACAGGGAAAAGUUCUUUAAAAAAAACAAAAAAACUUUUUAAUGGUACAUCUGACAUAUUAAUUACAACUUGAAUAUGACAAAAGUCAGUUAUUAAAAAGCAGCAAUUUGAGAAACCAUAUAGUUUUUUUUCUUUAAGAAGGUGCAUAAAAGCACUAAAAAGAACAAUCCAAACCAAUGCCCUCCCCCUCUCCCCAAAACAAACCUGCAAACAAAUACAUUUUUAGAAGCUCCACAUUUCUGUCCUUGGGACAUAUUAGUCAGCUAAAUGGCAGUGACUACAAGUAUUAUGUGCAACAGGAACAUGCAAAUGAAAUCAAGGUGAAGAAAAGGCUUUGCAAACUCCCUCUUCUGGUGAUGAUUUUUGUAAAAAAAAAAGUGACAUAGGCACUCGUGAAAAGGCACCAGUUAUUUUAAUGAGUCUGCCAUCGCAUUUCUUGGUUGCAUCAGCAACCGGGGCAAAUCUUUUCAUCAAGGAAUGUCUUCUUUACGGCCUUUUUUCAUCAUUGUAUUAUCUCAGACGUCAGCUGUAGUUUUACACGAAUACCCUUCAGGAAUUACCUCAGAUAACGUUCACAUCAACUGUCAGUUUUCCAUCUGUUGGGAGACGUGCCUCAACAAUUUUGAUACCCACUGAGCCGCGAGGCAGGCAGUAAGAUGACCAGUUUUCUCUCUGUUCUAGAAGCAUCUGAACAAUUUUGAUAUCUAUUUAUCCCCAGAAAGCACAGCCAGGGAGAAGGCCAGCUGUUUACCUGUGGUGGAAAUACCCCAUUAUUUCAGUAGCAAAUCAGUCAGCGAGACCUUUCUGAGAGAAAGGAUAUUUGCCACAUAAAACUAGUGACUUUAAAAUGACUGUACCAAAAGUGAGCAUGGAAAUAAGAGACAGAACGGGAGAAAAUAUCAUUU